GAUCCAUCAUAUCUGUCAACAUCUUCCCCUCUGUCUUCUUGUCCAGGUCUCAGUUUUCACAAGAACACACACACAUACACACCACAGACAGGAGACACAGUAAUAGAAGGAUUUGGAGGGGGCACACCUAGCUGGAAGGACUGCCACUGUGCGACUACAUCACCGAACCCAGCUGGUCUCUUUUACCACCUGAACAUCUACCGAUUCAACAAUCCGGGCCUCCAGUCAGCGACACGCCGCUCCGAGCAAUAUCCCAUUUCUCGACGGACCAGUCUCAUCUUUGCGUCGAACUUAUCCCGGUAAACCUCUCGGGUUCAAAACACCCUACGACUUUCCCAGUCCCAGGAAUUCCCCAACACAGCAAAAUGGCUCAAACCCCCGCGCAACGCCGCGCCAACGAGAAACACGCCAAGGGCGUCGAGAAGCGCAUGGGCAAGCCCGAGUCGGUGUACAAGAAGAAAGAGGCCAGGAAGUCGCCGGUGGGCAUCGCCGCCGUUGUGCUCUUGAUCUUUGUGGUCGUCGCGCCCCUGAUCAUCGAACAAUUAAAGCUGCUCCCCUAUCUCUGGGGCCUCCUGCUGGAUCUGCUGGCCAAGAUCGGGCUGGUGUCGAAAUAAGUUAUUGUUUUCGGGAUCCCACCCGGCUCCCCAUAAUUUCAAAUGGACUCUUUACAUUUCCCUUUAUCAAAGCUCUCCCCCCCAACAUGUUUCCCCCUUGCUGUUCUACUAAGAGCGAAACGAUAGCUGAAUGCGUGCAACAAUCCGCAGAAGUUCCGGCGGUCAGCCAAGGAAGGAGUGAUGGGUUUGGAUUAGAUGACGGAGACGACAGCCAUUUGCCCGUUAGACGAGCUGCUGGAGGCGAGGAAUAUUACAACUGGAAGGGGAAAAGUUCCUGAUUACAUUACUAGCCAUGGUGCUAGGAGUUACUCUGCACUGUAUACAUUGGACCACUCUAUGUGAACGCUCCCUUAAUAAUAGUUCGCGCAAAUCCCCAGCCACCACCAUAGCGCUCGCACUAGAUUCUAGUACGGGAUCCCGUUGGUGAUUAAUUGAAACUCA